AUGAGCGGCAACCAGAAGCAGGCGCCACCCGUCGGGGCCCAAACGCGCUUCCCGCAGCAACAGCAACAAACGUAUCCUUUUCCUGCAGCUGACUCACGCGAUUCACAACCACGGCACCAAGGAGCUCAUGCGUUCCCAACACGCUGGGUGACCGAGAGCGGUAAGUCAGCGGCUGAAUUUCAUGGUGGGUCUUACGUCCAACAGCAGCAACAGCCGCCUAAUCAGAUCACCAAUCAAGGACCGCCGCUGAGAGGCAUGGCGCCUACCGGUCCGCCGACGCAGGCCUCGACGCCGCCGAACGCCGAUCUCAAGGUCCAGCAGCACGUGCCGCAGCAGCAGACGAUGAAUCUGUAUCCGCAGCGCGGUCAGAACUACUUCCAGCGUCCGCCACAGUCCAAUCAGCCGCAACGGCUUAUUAAUCAGAGACCUAAUCAGCCGGCUUUAUAUGCGAGUCAUCCGUCGAUACAGGUGCCUCAGUAUCAGGUGCUGAAUAUGCCGAUGCCAUCUUACCCCGCCCCGUACGGAGGACAUGGACCUACGACGUUUGUCCAACCAUACUUGCAGAACUAUCGUGCGCCGGCGAUGUUCACACAGCAGUACGCUCCGCCGCCGUAUUAUUAUAAUCAGACGAUGCAGCGUCAGCCGCAGGCGUCGGUGCAGCCAGUCGCGCAGGGCAUGCCGCACACCCCACAACCGCCACAGGCGAUGGCGACUACCGCGAUGACUGCGCCUAUGCAAAAGAAGCAACCGAAAAGCGCAGCAAUGCUAUCCCAAUUGUUGAUCCCGCGACUAUGA